UCUUGAAGCUGAGGUUUAGGCACCCAUCGGUGGCUAUCCUGGAGGAUGCACAGGGAGGCGCCAGGAUAGUUUAGGACCUGGGAUGUUGAUCCUUCUGUCUUCCUCAUCAGGUGCGAUAUGGACAAGAGAGAUAGGAUCAAGGCAGGAGCAGGAGCCACCCCGCGGAUGCCAGCUUCACGAUCACUUGGCCUUCUGACCCCUAGGCCUCCUCCAGGAUCCCCACGACCUCCUCCCCCUGUAACCACCGCUGCCCUUAGAGUGCUGGAAGCUAACGGGGCUAUGGGGAGAAGGCCCCUGGUGGAGCGAGCCGCCAUCGGCGGCGGCAAAGCGGCUCUUCCACAGACUCCUGUUCAAGGGGCACCAGCACGCAGCGCUGGGGCAGGUCCUCGAAGCCCAGCCUCCAGACCCCCAGCUUCUGGGAAAGGAGAAAGGGCCCCUGUGAAGAUCUCUGGCCAGGGUUCUAUUUCUAGCCCUGGGCGUGCCAGCAGUGGGAUCACCAGACCAGGCCCUGUUGUCCAGAAGGGACUCCAACCCCCAACUAAGGAACCUGUGGUCAGAGGUAAAGCACCAGAGACACCCAAAAGGAAUACUCUGAGCUCUGGAACACGAAGAGAUCCCUUAGGGCCCACAUCAGCAACCUCCUCUCCUGCCAUCACUCGUCGUUCCAAGGCCCCAGCUACAGAGGUAGGAAUUCCUCGAUCAGUUCCCAGUGCCCGGCAGCGUCCCCCGACCACUGAGGCACCCAGGAAACCUGUGAGCAGUGCUGCAGAACCCAGUGCCACUGAGCUGAGCCCAGCCUUCAGGAGGCGCUCUGCCGCCGGUGGCAGCCUGCAGAAGCCGGCCUCUCGUUCCCUAAGCUCCAGUGCUACCCCUCAGCUCUCCCCAGCCCGCUCUGGGGUCUCUCUGCGUGUAACCCCUCGGGCUCCUGUGCACACCUCGCAGCUCAAGUCGAAAGGGCAGCAAGCUCUGCGCCCACCCCAGACCACAGUCCCGAGGAAGGACAGAGCCUCUGCACAACAGAGCAUGUUUUCCACUUCAUCUUUAGCUACGCCUACCGCUCCACCUGGAGCCACCACACUUCAGGCUUCCUCCACCCAGGUCCCAGAGGAUCCACUGAAGGCCACGCUCCCUCCCUCUCCACCCGUCACCCCGCCUCUACCUGCUUCACUUCAACUCCAGGCACAGCCCUCUAUCCAGGCCACAGCUGAUUCACAGGCCAUAAACUGCCCACCAUCACCUCCCCAACUUUCUCUGCAGAACCUCCCUUCUCCACCAGCCACGCCCCCUUUGCAAGUCCCACCCACAAGUCUGGGUACUGAAGAGGCCUCUGACUCACCCCCACCAAUGGCUGCAAUCUCUCCAUCGCUUUCACCCCUUACACAGAGUAUGCCCUGCAACCAGGUUUCUUCAGCUUCGCUCCCUCAGGAGACUCUCUUGGCCACGCCUUUCUCACCUGCGCCUCUGCCUCUAGCCACGCCUCCUCCACAAGUCCUUCCUUCGCUGCCAGUUUGUCCGAAGAAUCAGUCAGCUCCCCUCCUCGCACCCUGUCAGUCCACUCUGUCCACUCUAACCACGCCCCCUUCCCCGGCCAACUUUUCUGUCUCUCCUCCCCUUCCCCAGGCCACGCCCUCCAAGAUAACCACGCCCCCUUCGCAAGACACUCUGCUUCUGGCCGUUUCUCCUUCAGUUUCUUCCUCUCCCCCCUCCUCACCACCUCUGCAUGUCCCUCCCUCUUCCGUGGCCACGCCUCCUCUGAGGCUCCCACGGUCUCUGAUUCUGCCCACUUCACAGGCCUCUUUGUUGACCCCGACACCCUCACCGGCUUCAUCGCCCCAGCAGGCCACGCCUCCUCCUUUGGCCUCGUCCCCGCUGUCGGUCGCACUCUCUCUGGGCUCACCCCCUCUGCAGGCCUCGCCUUUUUUCCUGCCUACACCCCCCAUGCAGGCACGCUCUCCACCCUCGCCUCCUUUGCAAGCGCCUUCUCUUGCUACAUACCCUUUGCCUCUUCCCUCGUCCCCGACCUCGCCUCCUCUGCCAGCUCUUCUCUCCCCUCCUGCCUCACCUCCUCUGGAGGACCCUCUUUCUCCCUCACCCUCACCUCCGUCUCCCUUGGCAACUCCCCCACCAGAAGCCCCACCUUCGCUGGGUUCACCCACUCCUCUAAGUUCAUCCCCUCCGCAGGCCCCAUCUUCUCUGGCUUUGCCCUCUCUGCAGGCUCCCACCUCCCCAUUGGCCACAGAGGCACCUCCCCUACAGGUUCCCCUCUUGGCUUUGCCUCCUCUGCAGACCCCGCCCUCUCCCCUGACCACGCCCCCUCGGCAGGCCUCUCCUGGCCUGACCUCGCCCCUUGUUCAGCCUCCUUCUCCUCCCGCCUCACCCCCAUUGCAAGCCCCUCGUCGACCCCCGACCCCAGGUCCAGAUGUCCCGAUCUCAAGUCCACGGCUGACCCUGUCGCUGGCCCCUGCCCCGCCGCCGCCACCCUCGCGAAGCCCGUCCAGUACGCUUAGCGGCCCGGACCUGGCGGGCCACAGCAGCAGCGCCACGAGCACGCCAGAGGAGCUCCGUGGCUACGACAGCGGGCCCGAGGGCUGCGCCUCAGUGUCCCCGGCCGCGGACGCGGAGCUGGCUGCCUGCCACCCGGCCUCCUGGAGUCGAGGUCCUGCUCCACCGUUGGCAGUGCGAGGCGCUCCGGGAGUUCCCCUGCCGUGGCCUCCCGCUGCCUGCCCUGGCUCCUCUGACGGCCUGUGCACCAUCUAUGAAACUGAAGGACCGGAGUCGGUGGCCCCUACCCCUGGAUCCUUAGAUGCGGAUGCGGAACCAGAGCCGGAGCCGGAGCCGAGGCCGGGCUCUGGCGGUGGGAAGACUACUGCUGCAGCCGGCUCAGGAGCAUCCUCACGAAGCCCAAAGUCGGCUCGCCUGGGUGAGCUGCCGCUAGGGGCGCUGCAGGCGAGCGUCGUGCAGCACCUGCUGAGCCGGACACUGUUGCUAGCUGCUGCAGAGGGUGCAGGUGCAGGCAGCGAAGGUGGUUCAGGGGGCGCAGGGGGUGGCAGUGUCCCGGGGGGAUCUCGGGCUCCGCUCAGCGAUGCCGAAUUGGGCCGCUGGGCCGAAUUGCUGUCUCCCCUGGACGAGUCACGUGCCAGUAUCACUUCAGUCACCAGCUUCUCCCCAGACGAUGUGGCCUCCCCACAGGGUGAUUGGACUGUAGUGGAAGUAGAGACUUUUCAUUGAGCCAGACCCCAGCUCUGCACACCAUACACAUACGGCUUUAGAAUCCACCCCUCUGGUUACACCUCUUUGUCUUAGUCUCCACUCCCACUUCCCUAGACAACUGGAUGGAUUGUUUUGUUUUGUUUGUUUACCUCUGUCUCUGGGCCUCAAUCUUUGUUUACCUCUGUCUUUGGGCCCAGGCUAUGUCCUUAUCCUUCCUUGGCUUUAGCUUGGAAUGUACCCGCACCCAGGCCUAGGCCUUCCAUUUGAGCCUCUCUUUAGCCUAAGCCAUUGUCCUUCUCUAAGGAGCCACACCACACCCUGUGUUCAGUGGAUGAAUAGCCUCUCAUACCAACAGCCUCAUUGGCAGUAAAACCAGAGAUGCUGGUGCCUGUGAGCCAUGGUUAUAGGAGCUGAGAAAGGACCACACUGCUUGAAGGACCAGGCUACACCAAGCUGUUUGGUAUGCCUGACUGAGUUGGAGUUCUGGCUGAACUGUGUGAUUUUUUUUUUUUUUUUUUUUCAGUAAGGAGGCUGGUGAGACAGAGCCUACAAUGGCUUGUGAUCUUUUGGGUCUCACUUCUAAUAAAAUCAUUAGGCUCAGGAAGGCCUUGUGGAUGGGCUGUCGGCCAGACUGGGGAGCCACCAAAGCUCUUCUUACCCUGGGUACCCGUUGCUAUAGCCCCUUUGCCCUGUGUGUGCCCUUCUCUUUCAUGCUUGAGAGUUGGGCCUGGAGGAUGAACUUGAGUGGAGAGGAAUGGUGAAUUCUUGACUUCAGCUGAUACUUCCUCUUUCUGAUGGGCAGUGUCAAGCUGGAAAAUGUAGAAAUCGCCUGAAAGGCAGGCUGCUUGGCAUGCCUCUGGGAGUUUAGCUUGCUUGGGCUGAGAUGGAAAACACCUACCCAUUGUGGGUGGCAUUGCUCCCUGGCUGGGGUCCUGGACUGUGUAAGCCAAGAGCUGAGUAGCAGUGUGCAUUCACUGCUCUUUGCGACUGGCUGCUUCCAGCUCCUGUUGCCUGGACUUCCCCACAGGGAUAGACUGUACCCUGAACUGUGAGCCACAAUAAACCUUUCUCCCUU